AUGCAGGUCCCACUUGAAAAACUCCCACUUGCAAAACUGGAGUCCAAAAACCCUCCUCCUCUCAUUGUCUUCUUCUACCAAUGGCUCCUAACAUCUGCGCCCAACGACCACCUAUUUGCCUUCUACAAGCGCAAAAACUACCUCAAGACAAUCUCCCUCAUUGCCAAAACUGCGCGCGCAAAGGUCCUUAUGUUGCUGGUGUCAAGCACAAGCCAAGUGCUGGUAGAGGCCAGCUACAAGUACGGCAAGCACCCCCUUCUCCCCCGCCUGAUGCCACCCCCCCACCUAAGCGCAAGCCGGGUAGACCACGCAAGGCCCACCCGGCUCCUCCACCGCCACCACUACCCUGAUCACCAUCACCGGCGCAAUCUCUGCCAUCUCCCAAGCCCCAAUGCUACCCAGGGAUUGAUCACCUCCACUCUCCUUGCUCUGCUCCAAUUGCUUGCAAAUCCGGUGGCGGCGGAAUCACACUCCCACAAGCGCAAGCACUACCCAGACCCAGACCCAAGCUUUACUCCAGCCCUCUUCUUGGAAGGCACCCCGGCCACCAUGUUCAAUACGUUGCAGCACCUCAACCUUCCUUGCGCCCAAGGCAUUCCAGCCAACUGUUGCAGUCUUCUGCCCAGCUUGCCCAUCUGGGACGUGACGCAAACACCUCUCCCCAAGUUUAGCCUGGCCUCCUCUGGCCCAUGGGUUGGUGAAUGA